AUGUGGUGCUCGACUCUCAUCACCAGCGUCCUUGCUGCUGCUGCGACCGUCGAAGCGUAUGGUAUCAAGACGCACAUCACCUACGAGGUGGUGACCGGGAUUUUCAAGCAGGAUGACCCAGCCACGGAUGCAUCGAGCUUCAACUUCACGGCGGAGAACUUCGGCCUGAUCGAGCAGAAGUACCCGAGCGACUGGACGUACCUCUUCCAGCGGCCUACCUCCUGGCAGCGGCUGAACCGCUACAUCGAGACCCUAAACCUAAAGGCCAAGUACAAUGAGCGCUACACGCUGCUCUUCCUCGGCCGCCACGGCGAGGGCUACCACAAUGCCGCGGAAACCUACUUUGGGACACCAGCCUGGAACUGCUAUUGGUCCGAGAAGGACGGAAACGGCACCGUGACCUGGGCCGACGCGCACCUCACACCCAAAGGCAUCGCACAAGCCCAGGACGUCAACAAGUUCUGGGAAACGCUGCUCACAAAGGAGAAAAUCACCGCCCCGCAGACGUACUACACGAGUCCUCUGUACCGCUGCCUCGACACGGCACGUCUUACGUUCACCGGCCUCCCACUCCCAAAGACACGCCCCUUCGUCCCGAUCAUCAAGGAAUACUUCCGCGAGGGCAUCUCCGCGCACACAUGCGACCGCCGCAGCACAAAGUCCUCCAUCCACGCCGCCUUCCCUUCUUACAAGUUUGAAAAGGGCUUCGCAGAGCGCGACCCCUACUGGACGGCUCUCCACGCAGAGCCCUCAUCCGACCAGGACAUCCGUAGUAAGAAAGCGCUGGACGACGUCUUCGGCAGCGACCGCAGCACGUACAUCAGCGUGACCGCGCACUCGGGCGAGAUUGCGAGUCUGCUGCGGGUGCUUGGGCACAGGGUUUUUGGGCUGGCUACCGGGGCGGCGAUGCCGGUGUUGGUGAAGGCGAGUACGGUGGCUGGUGGUGCGGGGAGCGCGACGAGUACGGUGGCUUGGCCGGCGCAGAAGACGUGUGGGGUGCCGCCGGCGGUGAGGGAUAGUAGUUGUAAUGAUUGCUCGUGUUGU